UUAAAUUAAAGAAGCGGAAUGUUUCUCCUCCUGCCAACUCCCGAAGAGCUCCAAAAUCGGCGUCAGAAACAGCGCAACGCAACGCACGCAUUUACCACUCAGAAUUUCUGCUCUCGGCUGUAGGCCUAGUGCUGCUACUACUACAACUGCUUCCUCUCCUUUCAGCUGAAAUUUUAAAAAUCCGGACUUUCACUUCAAACUUUCACCCUCAGUUCCUCUGUUCUUCAAACUUUCUGCAUAUCUUUCUCUCUCAGCCUUGCUUCACCAGAAAGAUGGAGGGGGAGUUGAAGCCAAUGAAUGCGGAGCAAUUGAGAGAAUGCGGUCACCGGAUGGUUGAUUUCAUAGCUGAUUACUACAAGGACAUUGAGAAUUUCCCUGUUCUCAGCCAAGUCCAGCCCGGAUAUCUGCGUCAGCUUUUGCCAGGGUCUGCGCCGGUUCAUCCUGAUACUCUGGAAGAUGUUCUCGAUGAUAUGCAGCGGAAGAUAUUACCAGGGGUAACCCAUUGGCAAAGCCCAAAUUUCUUCGCAUACUAUCCCUCUAAUAGCAGUGUUGCAGGAUUUUUAGGAGAAAUGCUCAGUGCUGGGAUCAAUAUGGUAGGCUUUAGUUGGAUAACCUCUCCUGCAGCGACAGAACUAGAGAUGAUAGUUCUGGACUGGCUUGCCAAAGCGCUAAAUCUGCCUGAUGAUUUCCUCUCAACGGGUCGAGGUGGUGGAGUGAUACAAGGCACAGCAAGUGAAGCUGUACUAGUUGUCCUUUUAGCUGCUCGUGAUAAAGUUCUUAGAAAGAUUGGAAAAGAUGCCAUUGGAAAGCUUGUAGUUUAUUCUUCUGAUCAAACUCAUUCAGCUUUACAAAAAGCUUGCCAGAUAGCAGGAAUUCAUCCAGAUAAUUGUAGAGUGCUGAAAACGGACUCUUCAACUGAUUAUGCUCUCUCUCCGGAGUCACUUAGCGAAGCGAUCACACAUGAUCUGGCAAUUGGUUUAGUCCCUUUCUUCUUGUGUGCCACUGUUGGUAGUACAUCAUCAACAGCUGUAGAUCCAUUGCUGGCAUUAGGGAAGAUUACAAAGAGUAAUGGAAUUUGGUUUCAUGUGGAUGCUGCCUAUGCUGGCAGCUCAUGUGUUUGUCCAGAACUACGCCACUACAUUGAUGGCGUUGAGGAAGCUGACUCAUUCAAUAUGAAUGCACAUAAGUGGUUCUUGACUAACUUUGAUUGCUCAAUACUUUGGGUUAAGGACCGAAGUGCUCUAAUUCAAUCACUCUCAACGAACCCUGAGUUUCUCAAAAAUAAUGCUUCUGAAAAGAACGUGGUUGUGGACUACAAAGAUUGGCAAAUUCCUCUUGGGCGCAGGUUCAGGUCACUGAAGUUAUGGAUGGUAUUAAGACUCUAUGGGUUGGAGAAUCUACAAGCAUACAUAAGAAACCACAUCAAAUUGGCUAGGGAUUUUGAAGAACUUGUUGCUCAAGAUUCGAGAUUUGAGAUUGUAGCCCCGAGGAAAUUCUCUCUGGUUUGCUUCCGUCUUCUGAGUCCUCAAAGUGAUGAAGAUUGUGCUAACAAGUUGAACCGUGACCUAUUGGAUGCUGCAAACUCGACUGGAAAGAUCUAUAUUUCUCACACAGUUUUGUCAAACAAAUACACAUUGCGCUUCGCAGUUGGAGCUCCACUGACAGAAGAAAGACAUGUAGUUGAUGCUUGGAAGGUUCUGCAAGUUGAAGCUUCUAAUCUGCUAAGAACCCUGUAGAAUAUUGCAAUUCUUUCCACAUCACAUAUAGUUAUUUCUUGCUCAAUUUGUGUAUGUGAUGCCUAGCAUCAUUGUUUAAACAUCAUUUUUAUUUUUAAAGAAUCUGUUUUUACUUUUUACCUUUUGCUGCGACGUUCUUCGCUGCAAUCUUUGUCAAAAAGGGGUACACUGCGAAAGAUGUUUCGUGUAUUUUUGGCUACAAGCCUUCUUUUUCAUUGUUCCAUAGUGAUUUUGCUCCGGUUGCUCCACUUGGGCUACCAACCUUCCU